GCGGCAAGGAUGGCGGGGCAGAGAAUUCGGAAGAGUGCUUUCCUGUCCCUGGACUACUCUGCUGCAGAAUGGAAGAGAACUCUUUGCAUGAUAAGAAGAAAUGUAUGCCAGUUUGAAUGCAAUUUUCCUGCUCUUCAGGAAGCACAGAAAGGCUCAGCAGCCACAGCAACCAGCACAGCAGCAGCAGCAGCAACAGACAACUUCAAAUAAGCGCCCGAGUAACAGCGCUCCCCCUCCAACCCAGCUGAAUAAGAUCAAGUACUCGGGAGGACCCCAGAUUGUGAAGAAGGAGCGUCGACACAGCUCCUCUCGCUUCAACCUGAGCAAAAACCGGGAACUGCAAAAGCUCCCAGCACUUAAAGAUGCUCCUCUGCACGAACGAGAAGAGCUUUUCAUCCAGAAGCUGCGGCAAUGCUGUGUGCUUUUUGACUUCAUCUCCGACCCCCUCAGCGACCUGAAGUUCAAGGAGGUGAAGCGAGCAGGUCUCAAUGAGAUGGUGGAAUACAUCACGCACAACCGUGACGUUGUCACUGAAGCCAUCUACCCUGAAGCGGUCGUCAUGUUUUCAGUGAACCUCUUCCGAACACUCCCACCGUCAUCCAAUCCCACAGGUGCAGAGUUUGACCCUGAGGAAGAUGAGCCUACGUUAGAAGCUGCCUGGCCUCACCUUCAGCUGGUGUAUGAGUUCUUCCUCCGGUUUUUGGAAUCGCCUGAUUUUCAACCAAAUGUAGCCAAGAAAUACAUUGACCAGAAGUUUGUACUAUCCCUGCUGGAUCUCUUUGACAGUGAAGAUCCCAGAGAGCGAGACUUCCUAAAGACCAUUUUGCACAGGAUUUAUGGCAAAUUUCUGGGUCUGCGUGCAUAUGUGAGGCGGCAGAUCAACAAUAUAUUUUACAGGUUUAUCUAUGAAACAGAGCACCACAAUGGGAUUGCAGAGCUGCUGGAGAUUCUGGGGAGCAUAAUCAAUGGGUUUGCUUUGCCUCUGAAGGAAGAGCACAAAAUGUUCCUCAUCAGGGUAUUGUUACCGCUGCACAAGGUGAAGUCUCUAAGCGUCUACCACCCGCAGUUGGCCUACUGUGUUGUGCAGUUCUUGGAGAAAGACAGCAGCUUGACAGAGCCGGUGAUCGUGGGCUUGCUGAAGUUCUGGCCGAAGACACACAGUCCCAAGGAGGUGAUGUUUUUGAAUGAGCUGGAGGAGAUCCUGGAUGUGAUUGAGCCGUCUGAGUUUGUGAAAGUUAUGGAGCCCUUGUUCAGGCAGCUGGCCAAGUGUGUCUCCAGUCCGCACUUCCAGGUGGCAGAGCGAGCACUGUACUAUUGGAACAAUGAAUAUAUCAUGAGCCUGAUCAGUGACAAUGCAGCCAAAAUUCUGCCCAUCAUGUUUCCAGCGCUCUACAAGAACUCCAAGAGUCACUGGAACAAGACAAUCCAUGGGUUGAUCUACAAUGCACUGAAGCUGUUCAUGGAGAUGAACCAAAAGCUCUUUGAUGACUGCACGCAGCAAUACAAGGCAGAGAAGCAGAAGUGAGUAAGAGGUUCUUGCCAAGGGACCUAAGCUGGUCCUGGAGUCUCCUUG